AACCAAACUUCCUGUUAAUUUCAUUCCCGAAAUGUGAUGCCAAGUACGAACCGCGAGGGACUUUAAGUGCUCUAUUCAGGUGACAGAUGUGGAGCACAAUAUUCAGAUCUAGUGUGACGGGUAAGACGCGCUGGUAUUGGAGGAGUCUUUUCACCAUGCAACUAAAGAGCAGCGAGUUUCAGGUUUUGUUCACCGAUGGACUGAACGAACUGGCAGAAACAUUUAAAAAGAACCAAUAUGAGUUGAGGAUAGCCGGCGGUGCUGUACGGGACCUCUUAUCUGGAAAGCAGCCUGAAGAUGUGGAUUUUGCCACCACCGCUACACCUGACGAGAUGAAGCGGAUGUUCCAAGCUGCGGGCAUCAGAAUGAUCAACAAUAAAGGAGAGAAGCAUGGGACAAUUACCGCAAGACUUCACAAUGAGAAUUUUGAAGUGACUACACUGCGGGUGGAUGUGCAGACAGACGGCCGCCACGCUGAAGUGGAGUUCACCACCGACUGGCAGAAAGAUGCUGAGAGAAGAGACCUUACAAUCAACUCCAUGUUUUUAGGUCUAGAUGGCACGUUGUACGACUAUUUCAAAGGAUACGAGGACCUCCAGAACCGAAAGGUCCGGUUUGUUGGCAGUGCAGAACAAAGAAUCCAAGAGGACUACUUAAGAAUACUGCGUUAUUUCAGAUUCUAUGGCAAGGUGGCUCCGAAGCCCGAUGAGCACGAGCUUCAGACGCUGGAGGCUAUUCGAGCCAACAGCAGUGGGCUGGCAGCCAUUUCAGGGGAACGCAUUUGGGUGGAGCUGAAAAAGAUUGUCAUCGGCCACCAUGCCGCUCAACUGCUGGAGAUGAUGUACAGCUUGGGGUUGGCCCGUUACAUUGGUUUACCCUCUGAGGGCAACGUGGAUGAGAUGAAGCGCGUGUGGCAGAACGUCAAAGGUCACUCUCCCAAAGCGAUGACCAUCUUAGCGGCUCUCUGCCGUCGCUCAGAGGAGAUAGAGAGGAUGGACCUGCGACUGAAGGUGUCCAAGGAAGAGAAGACCCUUGCUCUCUUUCUGGUCAAAUACAGACAAGAUCUCUGCAAGAACGGCGACCAGCAAGACGGGCUCAAAACCUUCACCGACUUCAUCUUAGAUAGUCGCGAACUGGAUACUCGCAUGAAAGUGAGCGAGCUGCUCAAGUAUCAGGGUGAGCACGCGCUGCUGGCCGAACUUGGCCAGUGGACUGUCCCUCGCUUCCCCAUCAGCGGACACGAUCUCCGGAAAAUGGGCAUCACCACGGGCAAGGAGAUCGGGGCUACUUUACAGAAGCUGCGCAACAUCUGGAAGAAAAGUCAUUAUCAGAUGGACAAAGAAGAGCUUCUCAGUUACGUGCAGUCCUGAGGUGCCGAUGCACGUCUCCGAAUCGAGGUGCGUGUCCGUGACCAGUUUGGACUCUGGCAAAUCAAGUCCCCACGUUGGCACUGCUUGCAGUGCUUAUAUAUUGAGUGGACUCACGCAUAUAGUCAACAUGACCAGAGACAAGCACCCCCACUGAUGAAUUCACUUUCAUUCGAAAUGACACCACAGAGCAGCUUUUUACAUCUGCUUAAAAUGGAGGAGAAUGCGGCCAUCGACAUUAUAGUGCGGGGAGUAUGUUAGUGCUGUGGCAUUUAAUUUGCAUAUUUCUCCUUUUCCUCCAAUUUGUGGAAUAAGUGGUAAGCACGGGUUAUUUUCAAUGUUCGAGCAUCAUUGUCAAGAUUUUUUUUUU